AUGGAUAACAGUGGAGAAGCGGUGGAUGAUCAGGGCUCAGGAUGGUUUCAAGUGAAAAAGAAGCAUAGAAGCAGCUCAAAAUUUUCUUUGCAGAGCUGUGCUGGGGGAUUUUCAGGAAAAAAUGGUUCUAGUUAUCACAUUAACCAGCCAUCAUCGAGUGAAAAAAACGGGAAUUUGCGUGGAAAUCGCAUAUCUCACCAAUCAAAAGGAGAGCCAAAUCAUUCCGUAGAUGGCUGUUGCAAUGUUGCUAAUUCUUGUUCUGUGUCAUACCAAGAUGAAAGCAGUGUGUUCUUCCCUCAUAAAUUAGUUGUUACACAACAUGGAGAAGAUAGUGGACAUUCCAAGUUGGCACCAGUGUCGAUUACCAAUUCUACUGCCAGAGUUGGAGACAUCCAGAAAAUUAUACGGAAGGAUAAGCCCAAUAUGCUUCCAAAGAUCAAGUGGGGAGAUCUAGAGGAUGAUGUUUUGAUGCUGAACUGUGAAAAUAAUUCUCAAGCUGAUAAACAGUUUUUUGAUGACGGAGAUACUAAUUUGGUGGAUAGGAAGCCCGAGAAUAAUUGUCAGUUCGUUGCACAUGUUUCUUCUUCUAGUAACCUCCAAGAAAACAAAUCGGUGGCCUCAUCAGUAAAUGUAGAUACUUCUCUUGAGCAGUUGUUUUCAUUGACUAAUAAAGAAGAUAUGAUUGGAAAAAGUGGUAAAGAGGUUAGUGAAACUUCUUCACAGGAUGUAGAGUUGCCAAGUACAGAUGGCAGAAUGGUUGUCCCAAUUGAUACUCUAAAUUGCAAGGAAAUAAACACUGAAAUUUUUAAAACAACGGAUGAUUAUUUAAAUUCUACCUAUCAAUCUGGUGAAGAGGGUGUGCGAGCGGCAAAACUUAAUGUGCCUGCUGUUGUGUCUGAGGUACACGAGUUAAAGAUUUCUGAAUUUACUGGUACAAGUAUGAAUUCGACAAUUAUUCCAUUGGUUAGUGAGUUGCUUCUUACUGGAAACCCUGGACCUGAAAAUUCUGAAUUACCUAUGCAAAAUGGGAAUUCAAGCGCAGUGGUGAUUCCCCAGGACAGUGAGUUACUUCUACCUGAAAAGACUAAUCCUGGAAUUUCUACUGAACAGGGGAUAAUAGUGAAACUUCAGUUGCCUGUUAUGUCUGAGGGACACAACUCACAAACUUCUGAAGAACAUGUUACAAAUUGCAAUUCAACCACUGCAGUGAUUACCAAGGAUAAUGAGUCACAUGCAUCUGAGAAGUGUGCACCAGAAAUUUCAGGAGAAUUUGCUGUGUCUGUAUCUGUUGACAAUUCUCAGGGGCCAACUGAUGUGGCAGUGCAUGAUAAAUUGUCUGAAGUCCAGGCCACCGGCUCCCUCGGAGAAGGUGACAUAUGUGAAAGCAAAGAAAGAUUCAGGGAACGACUUUGGUGCUUUCUGUUUGAGAAUCUCAACAGGGCUGUAGAUGAACUUUAUCUUCUUUGUGAGCUAGAAUGUGAUGUAGAACAGAUGAAAGAGGCUGUUCUUGUCCUUGAAGAGGCUGCAUCUGAUUUUAAGGAACUGACUACGCGGGUACAGGAGUUUGAGAAUGUGAAAAGGUCCUCUCCUCAAUCGAUUGAUGGGCCACCAAUUUCCUUGAAGUCUGACCAUCGCAGGCCACAUGCUCUCUCAUGGGAGGUUAGGAGAAUGACAACUUCUCCUCACAGAGCUGAGAUACUAUCUUCAUCUUUGGAGGCUUUUAAGAAAAUUCAACAAGAAAGAGCUAACAUGCUUGAAGCUAAUAAUGCAAAAAUCCUGGGGCUAGAAUGCUCCAAUCUCCAUGAGGUAUCUGUUCAUAAUCUCAAUAAGUCAGCUGGGAAAAGUGAUGUAAUACUCGGUGCUAAAGAUUUAGCGAUGAAGUCAAGGAAACAGAGUGGAGUUUCAUAUUCCACUCAAGGAAACCUGAAUGGUGAGAAGCGGAACAUCGACUUAGGCAGGUUCAAUAAAGUAAACUUGGUAAAAAGUAGUCAUGACCCUCCACGCAUUGUAUCGUCUUCCACUGCCAAUCCAUCCAUGCUACUUUCCAGGGAUAGUUCUGCCUCUGGUUCUGGGAAGGGCAAACGAGAAACUGAGGCAGACAUGCUGCUUCAUAAGAAAGAAAAAAUGUUGUCAGAAAUUGCCAUUGAGAAAAACCUUAAAUCUGCAGAAAAUACCACUAAGAAGCAAAUUCCUCAUUCUGAGAAAGACAAGGAAAGGAGAAAUUCUACUUCAUGGAAAUCAAUGGAUGCAUGGAAAGAGAAGAGGAAUUGGGAGGACAUUCUCUCAUCCCCUUUCCGUGUCUCUUCUCGCAUAUCACAUUCACCAGGCAUGAGCAGAAAAAGUGCUGAGCGUGCUCGCAUUUUGCAUGAUAAACUAAUGUCUCCUGAGAAGAAGAAGAAAACUACUUUGGAUUUGAAAAAGGAAGCAAAAGAAAAGCAUGCAAGGGCUAUGAGGAUCAGAAGCGAGCUGGAGAAUGAAAGAGUUCAAAAGCUUCAGCGCACCUCAGAAAAACUAAAUCGUGUAAAUGAAUGGCAGGCUGUACGCACUAUGAAGUUACGAGAAGGAAUGUAUGCUCGCCACCAGCGUAGUGAAUCUCGACAUGAAGCAUUUCUAGCUCAGGUUGUGAGGAGAGCUGGGGAUGAAAGCAGUAAAGUUAACGAGGUUCGUUUCAUCACUUCUUUGAAUGAAGAAAACAAGAAGCUUAUGUUGCGUCAGAAACUUCAUGAUUCAGAGUUGAGGAGAGCUGAAAAACUUCAAGUGAUAAAAACUAAACAAAAAGAGGAUAUGGCUAGAGAGGAGGCUGUUUUAGAACGCAGAAAACUUAUUGAAGCUGAGAAGUUGCAGCGUCUUGCUGAAACACAGCGGAAAAAGGAAGAGGCGCAAGUUAGAAGGGAAGAGGAACGCAAAGCAUCAAGUGCAGCACGUGAGGCAAGGGCAAUCGAACAACUUCGGAGGAGGGAGGAAAGAGCCAAAGCACAGCAAGAGGAAGCUGAGCUGUUGGCACAGAAAUUAGCUGAGAGACUUAGUGAAAGUGAACAGCGUCGCAAGUUUUACCUAGAGCAAAUACGGGAGAGAGCUUCUAUGGAUUUCAGGGAUCAAUCUUCACCUUUAAUGCGCCGAUCAAUGUAUAAGGAAGGUCAAGGCCGAACAACAACAACUAACAGCUGUGAAGAUUAUCAAGAAAACAGUGUUGGAGGGGCAGGAAGUUCUACUCUUGCUGCAGGAAAUGCCUUGUCGCAACAUUCGAUGAAACGACGGAUUAAAAAGAUUCGGCAAAGACUUAUGGCUCUCAAAUAUGAAUUCACAGAGCUUCCAGCUAGUUCUGAGAAUACUAGCAUUGGAUAUAGGAUGGCUGUAGGAACUGCCAGAGCAAAAUUUGGGAGGUGGCUUCAAGAACUUCAAAGACUUCGGCAGGCAAGAAAAGAAGGUGCUGCCAGUAUUGGUCUAAUAACAGCUGAAAUGAUCAAGUUUAUGGAGGGUAAGGAUCCGGAGCUGCAGGCUUCUCGACAAGCUGGUCUGCUUGAUUUUAUUGCUGCUGCUCUGCCUGCUUCUCAUACAUCAAAGCCUGAAGCUUGCCAGGUCACAAUGCACCUUCUGAAACUUUUGAGGGUGGUUCUCUCAGCAUCUGCAAACAGGAGUUACUUUCUGUCACAGAACCUCUUACCCCCAAUCAUCCCCAUGCUGUCUGCAGCCCUUGAGAAUUAUAUAAAGAUUGCUGCUUCUUUAAAUGUCCCUGGGAGCACUAACAUGCAAUCGACCAAAACAUCAGUUGAAAAUUUUGAAUCAAUCUCCGAAGUUCUGGAUAAUUUCUUGUGGACGAUUGGGGCAGUUAUUGGUCAUGCUAGUUCUGAUGAACGAGAAGUCCAAAUGCGAGAUGGCUUGCUAGAGCUAUUGAUUGCGUACCAAGUUAUUCACCGACUGCGGGAUCUUUUUGCACUUUAUGACAGGCCACAGGUGGAAGGAUCGCCAUUUCCAUCUUCUAUUCUCCUGAGUAUACAUCUGUUGGUGGCUAUAACAUACAGACCUGGAACUAGUAGUUCCAUUAAUUGGGAAUCUUCUCCAGUCCAGACGGUGCUAGGAUUUGAAAAUCAAGAGACUAAGCCCACAGAAAGUGUUGAUUUGCAGUAUUUCUCAGUAAAUCAGACUUCUGAAGAUUAUAGACAUCCACAAUCUGUACUAAAUUGUAGCAUAGCUGUAUCACCUCCAGAUCUGUCACAGGAUAGACAGUUAGAUGAGUCCUGUAAUACAAAUGAAAUUAACGAGUCAGUAUUGAUUAGCAGAAAUGGUGAAAAGAAGCCAUAUAGUUCUGUUGAGUUGAAUAUUGCCAACACAAACACAAGAGACGGUCUAGAUGAAGCUCAGAAAAUUUUGAUUGAGGAGAAGGAUGUGAAAUUCUUGGUCAAUGAUUGUGCAGAACAAAAGAAUAAUGCCAUGUUGAACAUGAAGCAACCGGUGGCUUUUCUUAUUUCUGCCAUAUCUGAAACUGGACUAGUCAGUCUUCCUUCUCUGUUGACAUCAGUGCUACUUCAGGCUAACAACAGAUUAUCCUCAGAACAGGUCUCAUAUGUCCUUCCAUCUAAUUUCGAAGAGGUGGCAACCGGCGUCCUGAAAGUUUUGAACAAUUUGGCCCUUUUAGAUAUUAUAUUCAUGCAGAGAAUGCUGGCUAGGCCAGACCUGAAAAUGGAAUUUUUCCAUUUGAUGAGUUUUCUUCUUUCCCAUUGCACCAGCAAUUGGAAAGUAGCUAAUGACCAGGUUGGGUUCCUUCUGCUUGAAUGCCUUUCGCUUCUUGGCUUUUUUGCCUUGUUCCAUACGGAAAAUCAAGCUGUUCUUCGAUGGGGAAAAGGUCCCACCAUACUUCACAAGAUAUGCGACUUGCCAUUUGUGUUCUUCAGCGACCCCGACUUGAUGCCAGUUUUGGCUGGUGCUCUAGUUGCUUCCUGUUAUGGGUGUGAACAGAACAAAUGUGUGGUUCAGCAAGAAUUGAGCAUGGAUAUGCUAGUUUCCUUGUUGAGAUCUUGCAGAAUUGUUCCGCCAGCAGGGGACUUUAUACAACGAUCCUACCGGUACAACUCUAGAAGCAUGCGGGUUUCGAUGGGGAAAGCCGGUGCUUCUGGAAACAUCAGAGGUGGCAAGAUGAGAAGCCAAAGAGAUGGAAAAACAACAAAAACUAGUGAAGAAAUGGCUUUGAAACACAAUCCAUUAGCACCUCAAACCUCUAUGAUGUUGCAUUGUAGAUUCCCUAGCAGCUUCAUGGAUAGGGCAGAGAAAUUCUUUUCAGCAGAGAUGACCAACAUGGCAGAUGAAGUUUGA